AUGCAGAAUAAACUUUUAUUCCUGCUCGGUGUUCUUUUACUAAUUGGGGUGGGAUGUGUUUCAGCAGAAACAGAAAAGGGUACAUUUAUACUUGAAUCAACUUUAACUUGGUAUCUCUGCUCUGCUCAAAACACAACAUACAUCUAUUACAAUGCCGCCACCACCGCCACUGGUACUCCAAUCAACAACUUCGGUACAAUAAAUUCCGGAGCAAAUUAUACCGUCUCCUCUAUUACAGAAGGCUUCGUCACCCUUCUCACCACACGCAGUGGAGUCCGCGACUUCCUCAAUCCUGCCGUCCCGAACAUCGUCUAUAACGCAUCUUUAUCCUGUAGUGACGCAACAGUAAAAACAUGCGAGAAAGCAAGCACAGUGACAAAGGAAUCGUGGUGUUUGAUUGUGUAUAACCCAACAACAGAGAGACUGCUGAUUAAUGCAGUGCUUUCUACUGAUAUGACUAAUAAUGUAACAUCGACAACUCCUAGCACGACUCCUACGCCUUCACCAGUUCAAAAAAGUGCUGGUCAGAGAAGUUCUGGUGUUGAGACAACUGUAGUAAGCGCUAUUGUUGGGUUGAUGGUUGCCGGUAUUUUGGUAGCUUGGGUUUAG